UUGCAGUGGCUCCGCGAAGUGCGAAGUGCGGCUGCGCAAGAGUGACGGCGCGCGGGAGGGGGGAGGGGGUGUUUUGGUUCUAGUCGCUCGCCGUCGUUUCCAGACUCGGUCGUCCGGUAGCUUCUUGUUCCGGCCUUCCCUUCCCUUUUAUUUUCCCUUCCCCAGCCCCGAUUUUCCCUCCCUUCUUGCCUCCUGUCCCCUCCCCUUUUUCUACCUGCAACUCCGUGUCCGGGCCACUUUCAGGGCCGGGCGCACUACGGUGCGCGGUCCCGGGGCCCAGUAUAUGACCCGCCGUCCGGCUGCCGUUCACUUCCCCCGCCCUAUGUGGCUGCGGGGCCGCGGCGGCUCUGCCUACUAUGGCCCGGAAAGCAGUUAGCAGGAAGCGGAAAGCACCCGCCUCGCCGGGAGCUGGGAGCGACGCUCAGGGUCUGCAGUUUGGCUGGGAUCACUCACUUCACAAAAGGAAAAAACUCCCCCCAGUGAAGAGGUCCUUAGUGUACUACCUGAAGAGCCGAGAAGUCAAGCUACAGAGUGAAACCAGCUACUUCCGAGUGUUGCAUGGUUAUGCAGCACAGCAGCUUCCCAGUCUCCUGAAGGAGAGAGAGUUUCACCUUGGGACCCUUAAUAAAGUGUUUGCAUCUCAGUGGCUGAAUCAUAGGCAAGUGGUUUGUGGUACAAAAUGCAACACGCUAUUUGUAGUGGAUGUCCAGACAAGCCAGAUCACCAAGAUUCCCAUUCUGAAAGACCGGGAGCCUGGAGGGGUGACGCAGCAGGGCUGUGGUAUCCAUGCCAUCGAGCUGAAUCCCUCUAGAACGCUGUUAGCCACUGGAGGAGACAACCCCAACAGUCUUGCCAUCUACCGGCUGCCUACACUAGAUCCUGUAUGCGUGGGAGAUGAUGGACACAAGGACUGGAUCUUUUCCAUUGCAUGGAUCAGCGAUACUCUGGCAGUAUCUGGCUCACGAGAUGGUUCUAUGGGGCUCUGGGAGGUGACAGACGAUGUGUUGACCAAAAGUGAUGCGAGGCACAAUGUGUCACGAGUCCCUAUGUAUGCCCACAUCACUCACAAGGCCUUAAAGGACAUCCCCAAGGAGGACACAAACCCAGACAACUGCAAGGUCCGGGCUCUGGCCUUCAACAACAAGAACAAGGAAUUGGGAGCAGUCUCUCUGGAUGGCUACUUUCACCUCUGGAAGGCCGAAAAUACACUAUCUAAGCUUCUCUCCACCAAACUGCCAUAUUGCCGUGAGAAUGUAUGUCUGGCCUAUGGUAGUGAAUGGUCAGUGUAUGCAGUGGGCUCCCAAGCACAUGUCUCCUUCUUGGAUCCACGGCAGCCAUCUUACAACGUCAAGUCUGUCUGCUCCAGAGAGCGAGGCAGUGGGAUCCGGUCAGUGAGCUUCUACGAGCACAUCAUCACUGUGGGCACAGGGCAGGGCUCCCUGCUGUUCUAUGACAUCCGAGCUCAGAGAUUUCUGGAAGAGAGGCUCUCAGCUUGUUAUGGGUCCAAGCCCAGAUUAGCAGGGGAGAAUCUGAAACUAACCACUGGCAAAGGCUGGCUGAAUCAUGAUGAAACCUGGAGGAAUUACUUUUCGGACAUUGAUUACUUCCCAAAUGCCGUUUACACCCACUGCUACGACUCGUCCGGAACGAAACUCUUUGUGGCAGGAGGUCCCCUCCCUUCAGGGCUCCAUGGAAACUAUGCUGGGCUCUGGAGUUAAUGACAACUCUCUCCCAAAAUGCAGAGAUUUACACUAACUUCCAUCCUCAGUUUCCUUGUUUCUUCUUUUGAUUUUUUUUUUCCCCAAUUGUGUGAGGCUUUCAAAUUACAGAGGGAACACCAGAGUUUAUCUGUGGUUUAGGCAUUUGACAGGAAGAAGCUCUGUACAGAAAUCUGAAUAGGGCCUUUUUCCUUUUUUCCUUUUUGGUAAUCAGAAUUUUAAACUUUAUUGUCUUUUUUGUUCCUUUCUCACCCAACAUCAUUAUUAAUCCCUAUUGUAUUUUUUCUUUAAGUGACACACACUUUCUCUUUUCUGGCUUCCUUUCAGCCUGACACAGUCAUUCUCACCCUUACUUCACUUAUGAGGUAGGGUUCCUUUAUAAUUAUGUGGUUGCUGUCAGACUUUCUGUGAAAGUUUGGGGGCUCUGUGUGUGUGUGUGUGUGUGUGUGUGUGUGUGUGCGCGCGAGCUUGUGUGUCUAUACUGUGUGUCACUAAAAUUACCUGGAGUGAGGAUUACUUGUAAUUAAAAUAUUUAUAAAAGAAACAACUUUAUUCAGAGUCCAGCUUUGGGACUAGUCUUUAUCUUGUUUUUUAAAGUCUAACAACACUGAUUAUACGAAGUAAAAACAAAGAAAAACAAAUAUCCAUCGUGAAAACCCUUUGAGUUAGAUUGCAGGCUUCCUGGGGGCCCCCAUGCCAGGACUCCAAUGAGUUCCAGCCCCUACCUGUCUUCCCACCUGUGUGUCCCCACGUGAGAACAUUUCUGUGUAUGUGUCACUUCCACUUCCCCAAUUCCCCUUCCCCACUUCCCCUCUGCUUAGCCAGUGGCCAUUCCCCUAAGACAUCAAGGUCUCCAUCCAGAUGCAGCUCUGCAGGCUGCAGAAGGCUUGGUAAGACCCGGUAAAGAGACUCUCCAUUCCUCACAUAAGACUUGAGCUGGUAUUUCAGGGGCCUAGGGCUGGGGGCCUCAAGCCCACUAAGAUUCACAUAAUCAAUCCCCCUGGCUUUGGGGAAAAACACUCUCCUUUGCCAGUCUUCCAGUCUUCCCAGUGGGUUUUGCUUUUGUUUUCUAAAUUGAGUUCAGUCUAGGAGGGUGGGGGUGAGCAGGGGGUGUAUCUGUGUGUAGGGAGUGCUUCGUGUGUGUAAUGUUUGUUUCCACAAUGCAGUGGGGCUGGGUUUGAGGCCACCCCUCCCUCUCUGUUGGCUCAGCUCUAGGAUGGUAACGGGGUGACCUGCAGCCAGCGACGUUGUGCAUGUAACAGCAUUGAUGUGAUUAGUAAUUUGUCUGUUCCUCCCUUGAGCUAUCUGUGUAGUCUGAGGUUUUUAAAUUUGGAGGCAACUGACUGGCUGUGAUGUCCAGUUGUUCGCUGCUUUUCACACAUCAUGUUGCAGAUAAGUAACAGCUGUUCCUACCCAUAAAUUCCUCCUCUCCUCUAAGCACAUACUCUGUAAACAGCCCGUCCUGGGGAAAGGAAAAGUCCUAUUUUUACUCCUGCACCCCAGCUUUUAAGCUCUUCUCCCAGUUGUCCCCUUCUGCUCUGGGUUUAAUUGGGGAGACUGGAAAGAAGUGUCCUUCCCUUGAUGGUAGGGGACUGCUGGAGAGGGGAAACAGCAAGUCCAGCCGAACUUGGUACACAGCAUACACCACUGGUUCUGGAAUUCUCAUCUUCUAACCUAGAGAAAUAGGUGCUAUAAACAAGGGAAUUAAGCAAAAUGCUGGAUGCUAUAGAUCUUUUAAUUGUCUUAAUUGUUUUCUAUUAUUAAACUACAAGCUGUAGAUUUCUUAGUUCUCACAGAACUUCUAUUAUUUUAAACUGACUUGUAUGUUUAAAAAAAAAAAAAGUAGGAUGUUUUGUACUGUUGCCUGACCCUCUUCUGUGAUGGGUAAUGCGUUUGAUUGUUUGGGAUUUUCUGUUUUUAAAAAAUGUAGCACUUGACUUUUUGCCAAGGAAAAAAAUAAAUAUUAUUCCAGAGCAAA